AUGGGGGGGGAGGGGAGGGGUCGCCUCCGAGCUGUGCUGGGGGGGUGGGCGGCGCUGCAGCUGGCGGUGGCGCAGGGUUUCGGGGGGCCGCAGGGACCCGAGAAGGCCGCGUGGCUCAGCUCGGCCCUGCUCGACUUCUUCAGCCAGAACGCUGACCUGCAGCAGGAGGAGGUUGAAGAUUUCCUGGCCGAGGUGAUGGACAACGAGUUCGACACGGUGGUGGAGGACGGCAGCCUGCAGCAGGUGAGCCGGGAGCUGCUGACGGUUUUUGCCCGCGCUCGGUGUGGGGACGUGCUGGGGGUGGGGGCGGCGCUGGGGGCUCUGUCCCGCCGUGGCCCCGCCCUGGCCGCCGCCCUGGGCAGCGCCCGCGCGGGGGGCGACACCCCCGGGACC